UUUAACCCGUCAAUCGCGCGAGAGAAACCAAGCUCGAACACCGUUCCAAAAACUUUUGAAGCACUUCGGCACACAGUAGCCUCAGCAAGAUGGUCUUCUAUCCUCCGCCAUGGGUUCCGAAGCUCCCGUUCGACCCGCCCGACUCGGUCACGAUUGGGGAAUUCAUGCGGAACGAGAUUUACGGCCGUCGUCCAAUUUCCAAGAGCCGGAAUCCCUUCACCUGCGGCCUCACGGGCAAGACAUACACAGCCAUCGAGUCGUACCAGCGUUCCGAUGAGAUUGCGAAGGCCUUGUCUAAGAUCAUGGGUUGGCAGCCCAAUGCCGACUCGCCCUGGGACAAGGUGAUCGCUGUUUUCUCCUUCAACACGAUCGACUACCUUUCGGUCCUGCAUGCCGUCCAUCGCCUAUCCGGCAUCGCCACGCCUGCCAAUGUUGCAUACUCAGCAAGCGAGCUGGCGCACCAGCUCAGGUCCUCGGGAGCCAAGGCCCUCUUUACCUGCGUCCCAGUGUUGGAGACGGCUCUCCAGGCCGCCAAAGCAGUGGGGAUACCCGAGGACAAGGUCUUCAUCAUGGAUCUGCCCAACCAAACUCAGAAACCUCCUUUCAAAACGGUCGAUGACCUGGUUGAGCUAGGGCGGUCCCUUCCGGACCUCGAGCCCCUGAGAUGGGUCAAGGGACAGGGCGCCCGUCAGGUGGCCUUCCUGUGUUAUUCUAGUGGCACCUCUGGCUUACCCAAAGCCGUCAUGAUCUCGCAUCGAAACGUCAUCGCCAACACGAUGCAGUACUGCCUCUUCGAGGACGUCUCUAGGAAGAAAUUCGGCAUCGAUACCCAGGUGACACUUGGGUUGCUUCCGUUCAGCCACAUUUACGGUCUGGUGGUAGUGGCGCACUCGGCAACGUGGCGCGGUGACGAGGUCAUUGUUCUGCCCAAGUUCGAGCUCACCGAGUAUCUCCGGGCCAUCGAACGGUUCAAGAUCAACCAUCUUCUUCUCGUUCCCCCGAUUGUCGUCCGCAUGUUGAGCAGCAAGGACUUGCUCAAGAAGUACGACCUCAGCAGCGUGCGCAUGAUCUUUACAGGGGCCGCACCGCUGGGCAAGGAGACGGCCGAAGAAGUCGUCCGGCUGUAUCCAAACUGGCGCCUUGGUCAGGGUUACGGCAUGACCGAGUCGUCAACGGUGGUCUGCUCGACCAGCGAGCACGACAUCUGCCCCGGUACAUCGGGCUCUCUGGUACCGGGCACGCGGGCCAAGGUCAUUGACCAAGACGGCAAGGAGAUCACCGAGUACGGAAAGCCCGGCGAGCUGCUCGUCCAGUCCCCGUCGGUCACGCUGGGCUACCUAAACAAUGAGAAGGCUACGGCCGAGGCUUUCAUCUGGGACGAGGACGGGCGGUGGCUUCGCACCGGCGACGAGGUCAUCGUGACCAAGGCGGACAGCGGGUACGAGCACAUCACCAUCGUCGACCGCCUGAAGGAGUUGAUCAAGGUCAAGGGUCACCAAGUCGCUCCCGCCGAGCUGGAAGCCCACCUGCUGACCCACCCGGCCGUCGACGACUGCGCCGUCAUCGCGGUGCCCGACGAGCGCGACGGCGAGGUGCCCAAGGCCUUCGUCGUGACGCCGGCCUCGAUGGCGUCGCGUAACAAGGAGGAGGUGGCGGCCGAGAUCAUCAAGCACGUCCGGGACCACAAGGCGCACUACAAGUGGCUCAAGGGCGGCAUCGAGUUCAUCGACGCCGUCCCCAAGAGCCCGAGCGGCAAGAUCCUGCGGCGGCUGCUAAGGGACAAGGAGAGGGAAGCCAGGAGGGCCAAGGGGGCCAAGCUCUGACCUGUUUCUCGGGGUUCCGGGUGAUA